CAGAGAUAAGCUAGGCAUUAUUUAAGUUCCAUUACCAGUUACCACGACUGUUACACCAAUUGCUAUUGUUUCUUCCCUUAUCAUCACCACUGUUAGUCUAUCUCUCUCACACACGCACACACGGCACACCCACCCACCUAGCCAACUGGCAUAUUUGAUACAUGCACAUACAGAUAAAAUAAGAAGGCGAAAGGAUAGAGCAAAGGACAAACGUAGUCUAGGAAUUGAGUGUGAUUCGUUUGGUUUUUUAUGCCUCUCUUUUCUUCUCUCUUCUUCUGCUUAUAUAGACAACACCACCACCCAUUCACAUAGUCACACACACACAUAUAUAGAGAGAGUCUGAGAGGUUCAAUUGAAACUUGUGAGUUUAUUUGUCAAAACUGAGAAUAAUGGAUAUCUCAGCUUCACAAUGGAGUGGCAGUGGGUGUGAGUCUGGUUGGACCCAGUACUUAGACCAUUCAUCUCUUUCAGAAUAUCAGUUAAACAGAGUUGGUGGUACUGAUGAUUAUGGAGGAAAAGGAGCAAGAAUUCAUGAGCAGGAAGAGGACUUGUCCUUGGUCUCUGAUGCUUCUUCUGGACCUUCAUAUUACCAUGAAGAUGAUGAAGAUGACAACGGGUGUUCUUAUUCUUCUUCAGCUUCUAAGUUGGCUGGUAAAAGCAAGAACAAAAAGAAGGCCAAAGAGCAUAGCAGACAUGAACGGGGACGACAAUCGAAUCUUGAUGACACUGCUAGCUCCCCCGCAUUGAGCUAUCCCAAGGAUGAUACAGCUCGCUUUAGGAAUGAAGAUUCAAUGGACAAUUUAAUGAACUUCUCUCAGGGUUUCUCUGCAACACAGUUUGAGGGAAAAUCUGCAUUCAAGAAGCGUUUUGGUUUCUUUAAAUCCUCCUCUGGUGAAAAACCAGCUUCAGAAAAACCAGGUGGUUUUCAUGGAAGAAAUAGAAAAUGACACGUCUUUUGUCUCUGCUGCUGCAGUUGCUUUAGAUAGAGAGAGAAUGAGAUCAGAGGGCUGUUAGAGAUAGCAUUAGAUCUCAAUAGGAUAUUGUUCCUCCU